AUGGGUGCCGGCAUGCUGGCGCUGGGAUCGAAAGCUGCCAUGGUGGUGAAGAGUGGAGGUGGCUUGGGUGGCCUCGCUAAGGGGGCUGGCCUCUUGGCAGUGGGAGGUGGAGCUGCAGCUGCUGUCGGCUCAGCGCGCCCUGCAAAUGAAGUGCCCGUGCAAGAAUCGCCCAAGCUUAAGCGGUGA